GCGCGCGCUCGCCGCUGAAGGAUCGCGGCGGCGGAAGCGCGCGGAGGGGGUGACGCGCGGGGCGGGAGGGGGCGGACAGGCUGCUGGGCCGGGCGGACGGCGGGCCGCCGGGAGCGCGCGGUGGACUCGGCGGCGGCGGCGAGUAGUUAGUUGUUUAGUCAGUGUCAGUUGCUCGGCGGCGGCGGCCGCGGUCACCAGGAAGGGGACGGGACGGCCGGCGAUGGUGGUCACCGCGGCGGCGUGUGCGCCUCUCAGGUAUCUGCCUAAACUGGAAUUUAGAUUGUACACAUUUCUCUGUGGAUUUGUUUAAAACCCUAAGGAUUGUACUGCAUUAUGGAUUUUUGGAAAGAAGACCACAGAGUAAACAUUGCAGUCAUCAGAAAAACAGCUAAUGAAUGAGAAGAAAGGAAGAAAAGGUGUUCAUCGUCAAAGAACCCAGUGCACUUUUAAAUUUUAGAGAAAUGUAAUAAUAGCUGCUAAAACCACCUUUGUCACCAUAAUGGAUGAAUUACUCUAAAUGUAAAAGAUUGAUCAAACUUACCAGAGCUGCUAUGUAUGAUACAGAAGGAAGGUGAAAACUAAUGGAUGAGAUUUUCGCCAUGCACUGAAAGGAAAGCAUUGCCUGUGAAGUUCUAUUUUUAAAAAUGUCUGCUUGUAACACCUUUACUGAACACGUUUGGAAACCUGGUGAAUGCAAAAACUGCUUUAAGCCUAAAAGCUUGCACCAGCUCCCCCCAGACACUGAGAAGUCACCUGUCACCCAGGGCAAUGUGAAAACUAAUGCCAAUCAUAGUAACAACCACCGCAUCAGGAACACGGGAAAUUUCCGGCCUCCUGUGGCUAAAAAACCCACCAUAGCUGUGAAGCCCACUAUGAUGGUAGCGGAUGGGCAAAGUGUAUGUGGUGAGCUUAGUAUCCAAGAACACUGUGAGAACAAACCCAUCAUCAUUGGGUGGAACCGAAAUAGGACAGCCUUGAGUCAGAAACCACUUAAUAAUAAUAAUGAGGAUGAUAUUGAAGGGUUUAACCCUGUUCCUAAGCCAUAUGGCAAUAAUGAUAGUGCAAAGAAGAUAACGAAUAACAAUAAUGGACUAACUGAAGUGUUAAAGGAAAUAGCAGGCUUGGAUACCACCCCACAAAUAACAGGAAAUGAAACAAACUCCAGAGAAACAUUCUUAGGAAGAAUAAAUGAUUGCUAUAAAAAAUCACUGGAAAGAAAGCUCCCACCAAGUUGCAUGAUAGGUGGGAUAAAGGACCCCCAGGACAAGCACGUUAUUCUGAGUGGGAGCACAGAGGUGAUCAGUAAUGAAGGGGGCCGGUUCUGUUAUCCUGAGUUUUCUAGUGGUGAAGAGAGUGAGGAAGAUGUGCUUUUCAGUAACAUGGAAGAGGAACACGAGAGCUGGGAUGAGAGUGAUGAAGAGCUGCUGGCCAUGGAGAUUCGCAUGAGAGGGCAGCCUCGCUUUGCUAACUUUAGGGCAAACACUUUGUCUCCUGUUCGAUUCUUUGUGGGCAAAAAAUGGAAUACAGUUCCCCUCCGGAACAAAUCUCUACAGAGAAUCUGUGCUGUAGAUUAUGAUGACAGUUAUGACGAAAUCUUGAAUGGUUAUGAAGAGAAUUCUGUGGUCCCCUAUGCACCAGGAAGCAUUCAGAGCAUGGUGUCAUCUGACUCCACAUCUCCAGAAUCUUCUUUAACAGAAGAGUCCCGCUCUGAAACAGCCAGUAGUUUAUCCCAAAAGAUCGAUAAUGGAGGGAAAUCUCCUGGGAACCCAGGAGAUCCCAAGGACAUGAAGGGAAGUGAGACCAGUAAUGAAAGUCCCUCUGGUAAUAGUCAGGAGGACCCAUCACAAACAUCCAAAAGCUCAGCGAAAGUUCCAGAGACACACAAAGCUGUCCUUGCCCUCCGAUUAGAAGAGAAGGGUGGCAAAAUUGCUGUACAGACGGAGAAGCAAGAAAGUAAAGUCUCUACAGAUAUUUCUGGUCAGGCAGUAACAAUAAGCCUAGUUCCUGUAGAAGAACAAGCAAAGCCCUAUCGUGUUGUGAACCUGGAGCAACCACUGUGCAAGCCGUAUACUAUUGUGGAUGUAUCAGCUGCCAUGGCCAGUGAGAACCUUAAGGGUUCAGUUAAUACCCCAAAGACAAAAAGCUCAUCUUCUACUCCCAAUUCUCCAGUGACAUCACCUACACUGGCAUCAGGACAAAUGAGUGCCCAUUUCCAAAAAUCUAGUGCAAUCCGCUACCAGGAGGUCUGGACUUCCAGUACGAGUCCACGACAAAAGAUACCAAAAGUGGAAUUAAUUAGUGGCGGAACUGGACCAAAUGUCCCUCUAAGGAAAAACUGUCACAAAUCAGCACCUACUUCACCCACAGCUACAAACAUUUCCUCCAAAACCAUCCCUGUUAAGUCACCUAAUUUGUCUGAAAUAAAAUUUAACAGUUAUAACAAUGCUGGUAUGCCACCCUUUCCAAUUAUCAUUCAUGAUGAGCCAACAUAUGCUCGAAGUUCCAAAAAUGCUAUCAAGGUUCCCAUUGUAAUCAAUCCAAACGCAUAUGAUAAUCUAGCCAUUUACAAAAGUUUUCUCGGAACAAGUGGGGAACUCUCAGUGAAGGAAAAAACCACAAGUAUAAUAAGCCAUACUUAUGAAGAAAUAGAAACUGAAAGCAAAGUGUCUGAUAACACCACUAACAAACCCUCUGAAUGUCCCCAAUCUAAGGCGUUUUCAAGUAGCACGGAGCGUAAAAGGGGAUCAGUGGCUCAGAAGGUUCAGGAGUUUAACAGCUGUCUUAACAGAAGUCAGUCAUCACCACAGAGAAACUAUAGUUCCAGCCACAGCUCCCCAUCAAAGGCCCCAAGAACCACUCAAGAAGCUGUGGCCAAAAUUGAAGGCACUCAGGAGAGUCAAAUGGCAGGUAGCAGCACCAGAGAAAAAGCAAGUACAGUGCUUUCUCAGAUUGUGGCUUCUAUCCAACCCCCACAAUCUCCCCCAGAAAUGGCUCAGUCUGGCCCUAAAGCUUGCAGUGUGGAAGAGCUUUAUGCAGUUCCUCCAGAUGCCGAGGCUGCUAAGAGUACACCUAAGAGUACACUAGUCCGGCCCAAAUCUCUCUUUAUAGCUCAGGCCAGUGGUGAGGCCGAAGCCCCUCAGACUACAGAAAGCCCUACCACCAAAGCACAGAAAGAUCCACUCACUAAGCCAACCGCCAUGCUUGCCUCCAAACUAGCCACUGACUCCCCAAAUGAGCCACCACCUCCCUUCCCCCCACCACGUUCUACUUCCUCCCCCUACCACGCAAGUAAUCUUUUGCAGAGGCAUUUCACUAACUGGACCAAGCCAACCAGCCCUACAAGGUCAACAGAGGCAGAAUCAGUUUUGCACUCUGAAGGUAGCAGGCGGGCAGCCGAUGCAAAACCUAAGCGCUGGAUAUCAUUUAAAAGUUUCUUCCGCCGUCGGAAGGCAGAUGAGGAGGAUGACAAAGAGAAAGAGCGAGAAAAGGGGAAGCUGGUGGGCCUGGAUGGGACGGUCAUCCACAUGCUGCCUCCUCCUCCAGUUCAGCGCCACCACUGGUUCACAGAGGCAAAAGGAGGGGCGAGUGAGAAGCCAGCCAUCGUCUUCAUGUACAGGUGUGAACCUGCCCAAGGCCAGCUCAGCAUGGACCAGAGCAAAGCCAGAGCAGAACAGUCAGCAGCCCUGGAGAAGGCUGGAGCAGAGGAUGGGUUACCACAGGACUCAGAGAAGAAGAAAAGGAGUCACCCUUCACAGAUCUCUAAAAAAACUCUCAGUCCUUCAACCCAUGAAAUAGCAGAGGAUUUUUCUCCCCGGGAUCCAAGAACUGUUAGUGUGAAGCAAGAUGGUGGCACCUGCACUUCAGUCUCAGCAGCACUGCCUCUACCUGAACUGGAAAGGGAAGAGGAAAAAGAAGAUGCUUCAGAUCCUACAGAUCUGAGUCCCUGUAGUGCAACAUAUAGCAACUUAGGGCAAUCUAGAGCAACCAUGAUACCUCCAAAGCAUCCUCGGCAGCCAAAGGGAGCUCUGGAUGAUGCUUUUGGUGGGAAAACAGACCAAGAAACACCUACUGUGUCCCAGCCCACACCACCCCCACUGCCAAAGAAAAUGAUCGUAAGAGCCAAUACAGAGCCAAUCCCCAAAGACCUACAAAAAUCUCUGGAAACUAGCCUUUGUGUCAUGGCUAAUCCCACCUAUGAUAUUGAUCCUAACUGGGAUGCCAGCAGUGCUGGUUCUUCAGUCAGUUAUGAACUUAAGGGACUGGACAUUGAGUCUUGUGAUUCCUUGGAGAGACCUUUGCACAAGGGAAGACCCAUCCCCUCUGCAGCAAACAGCAUCUCCAGCUUAACCACCCUCAGUAUUAAGGAUAGAUUUUCCAACAGCAUGGAGUCCCUAUCCAGCCGACGUGGUCCCUCUUACAAACAGGGCCGAAGCAUCCAGAAGCCACAGAAACAAGCACUUUAUCGAGGACUUGACAAUCGAGAAGAAGUAGUGGGUAAAAUUCGAAGCCUUCAUACAGAUGCUUUGAAGAAACUGGCUACUAAAUGUGAAGACCUCUUCAUGGCUGGACAGAAAGACCAACUCCGUUUUGGAGUGGACAGCUGGUCAGACUUCAGAUUAACCAGUGACAAGCCAUGUUGUGAGGCAGGUGAUGCAGUUUACUACACAGCAUCGUAUGCAAAAGAUCCACUUAAUAACUAUGCAGUUAAGAUUUGCAAGAGCAAGGCUAAAGAAUCUCGGCAGUAUUAUCAUAGCUUGGCUGUCCGUCAGAGUCUUGCUGUACAUUUUAACAUCCAGCAGGACUGUGGUCAUUUCCUUGCUGAAGUCCCUAACCGGCUGCUUCCCUGGGAGGAUCCUGAUGGCCCUGAAGAAGAAGACAAUGAAGUGGAAGAGACUGCAGAGGAAGUGAAAGGAGAAACUGAUGGGGAAAGCCCAGAGCCCUGCUCUGAAACAGAGUCAUCCCCAAAGGAAAGCCAGGAAGUCAUGAGCAAGAAGCAGAGAAGCCACGUCGUGGUCAUCACCAGAGAGGUUCCCUACCUCACUGUGGCUGAUUUUGUGCGAGACUCUCUGACACAGCACGGGAGAAGCCCUGAUUUGUAUGAGAGGCAAGUAUGUCUGCUGCUCCUACAGCUCUGCUCGGGCCUUGAACACCUUAAACCCUACCAUGUCACUCACUGUGAUCUACGUCUGGAGAAUCUGCUGCUGGUCCAUUACCAGCCUGGGGGGAUCACCCAGGGCCCUGGGCCUGUUGAGGCCAGCCCCACCUCAUCUUGUCCCACAAGGCUCAUAGUAAGUAACUUCUCUCAGGCCAAACAAAAGAGUCACCUGGUAGACCCUGAAAUCCUCCGGGACCAGUCUCGCCUCGCCCCAGAGAUCAUAACAGCCACCCAGUAUAAAAAGUGUGAUGAGUUCCAAACCGGCAUCCUCAUCUAUGAGAUGCUGCACCUACCCAACCCCUUUGAUGAGAACCCAGAGCUGAAGGAGAAGGAGUACACUCGGGCAGACCUGCCCCGAAUCCCCCUCCGCUCUCCCUACUCCCGGGGCCUGCAGCAGCUGGCCAGCUGCCUCCUGAAUCCCAACCCUUCAGAGCGGAUCCUAAUUUCAGAUGCCAGAGGCAUCCUCCAGUGUCUGCUCUGGGGCCCUCGGGAAGAUUUCUUCCAGACUUUCAGCGCCUCCCCUAGCCUAGUGCAGAGGAACAUCCUGCUUCAAAACUGGCUGGACAUCAAGCGAACGCUGCUGAUGAUCAAGUUUGCUGAGAAAUCUCUAGACAGAGAGGGUGGAGUGAGCCUGGAGGACUGGCUUUGCGCUCAGUAUUUGGCUUUCGCCACUCCAGACUCCCUCGGUUGCAUUGUGAAAAUCCUACAGCACCGUUAAUAGAUCCUGUUUGCUGCCUGUCCUUCAUUUUCACCUUCUUUGAGUCACCCAGACACUUCCCCUUCGUAAUACUCACACAGAAGUCAAGGAAAGAAACCAGAAAGGCCCCCACACCUGCCCCAUGAAUAGAUGAGUCUACUCAGAGAGGUUGGCCACAGCUCCAAGUGAGAAGCCUCAGCCACACCAGCGUGCUGUUACCUUCCAUUGGAACACCCACCACCCUGACUGCCCAACAAAUGCAGGGAAAAUAUGAAAACACACUCUUUGAAGGGACAGCUUGUUGACUAUGAACUCUGAACUGUAUUCAGUCCCUCCAUAAUUCUAAAUAGUGUGUGUGUGUGUGUGUGUGUGUGUGUGUGUGUGUGUGUGUGUGUGUGUGUGUGUUUAACCAACUAUUUAUUCUUACUUGGAAUAGACAGAUUUAACCAGUCUGUACCAUCAUCCCACAAAUACAAGUAUCAGUAACUUGACUCCCUGACCAGGCAUAACUGCCAUCCUCAACAUCAGCCCAUUUGUGGUUCCAGGGACUGUGUCCUUUGUUCUGGCAGCAGAGGAAGGACAAGAAGAGUUUCCACCUCUUGGGUCAUGGACCGCCUUUCAGGUUUCUGUUCUGCCAUCCGUGAGCACAGGCACUGCAUGGAAGAUGGCCCUAACUCUCCCUCUGCUGCCACUGCCUGCUUCUCCUUCACCUCUGCUCUGUCCCCACUUGCCAGUGAAGUUUGGGUUUAUCAGCCACUUGUGGUCUAUUACAGAGUUGAUCCAGGGUGGUGUCACCAGUGGGUAGAGUACAGCUCAGCUCUUAAAAAUAAGCGGCAGGACACAAGAAGAUGCUUUUUCCUGCGUGUGCAAUUCUCUCGGGCCCAUCAGGAGAACAGAGUUGAAAGUGCCAUUCUUCGAUUACUGUCAGAGCUGUCAGCGUCAGUGGUCAGGGCUGGCAGUGCCUGGAUCACAGUUGUCCCCUGAGCCAUAAUUGGCGAGCUUCCUUCUAUCAGUAGCCAGCGUUAACUAGUCUACCAAACGCUAUAGCAACAGCCCUGAACGAAAUGGCUGUCAGCUGAGCUGUAAGAUCUCCUCAGAGGGUCCUGCUUGUGACUGUUAGGAUGGCUGGAGGCAGGGGUGGGAGGAGGCUGCUGAUGAGACUGCUGCCCUCCGCCGGCCUUUCCUGUGAGGUGCUCCCAGGUGCGCCAGCCAUUUCUCUUUAGGACUCUGCGACGGCUGAUGUGGAAUUUGAUGACUGAGGUGGAUGGCUGAAAGCUAUUCACUGUGCUGCGUGUGGCCUGUGCUCCUCUCCCAUGGAUAGAUGUGCAAUUUUUGUAUGUAUUUUUUAGCUGUAUAUUACAGUGUUUAUGUUGCAACUUCACCUGAAGAAAUCUACGGAAACCCUCCCCUUCUUCCCUUGGCACAUAUUUGCGCUAGCAGAUGAGUGUUCUUCCACCAAGGGUGUGUGUAUGUGUAUGUGUGUGUACAUGCUUGUUUUAUUCAAAACUGAGUAUCUGUUUACUUCCGCCUUGACAUCCCAAGAGUCACUCAGACUGUGAGUGUGUGUGUGCCCAUAUACGGUGUGCACACGAAUGCUGGAAGUCGAGGCCAGGCCUCUGGGGGAGCAACCUGUGAUGGAGCUGAUUGGCAGGUUCUCUCUGCACCUGGUGGCCAGGGGACCAUGCAGCACCCCCUCACCAACGCAGAGCUCCUUCAAGCCAAGACUGACUGUGCAGUAUUACUUAGCUAGCACAUCUGCGGCCUUUUAGAAAUUUCUAAACUUUUAACAUUUUUAACAGCCUUUCAUGUGACUCACCAGUAUCAAUGAGGACUGAGAAAGGAGAAUGUAUUGUACUUUUUUGUUUUUAAGAUAAUGGAACAUGCGAGAUUUGGUAUGGAGGGUAACCCUGUCCUCCUGGCCAGCAGUGCAGGACUCCCAGGGAAGAGAGCUGGUAGGCCCACAGAGUGUCUCCUCUUCUGACCAGAGUGCAGAGCCCUGCCCGGAGCCACAGCCACAGGGUGGGCAUGCUGCUGCAGGCCAGCAGGCCACUCUCAGCACCCCGUGGCAUGGCUGCGCCUUGCCUCCAGCCAGGUGUUUGGUUCACUUAGCAUAGCCCUUAUGCACAUAACUCCUUGCUGAUGUAUACACUGAAUGGCAACACACAGACCACUGACCGUGUCGGCCAGCACACUCCGAGCGCCCUGCCCCCACCUCCCGGCUUUGCGUGUUGAAACUCUUUCUCAGUGUCACUCUUGCGGUGCCUUGCCCACAUAAAUUUGAAUGUUGACUAUUUAAUGAAGAAUGUCCCCACUCCCUCUCUGCUCCCUAGGUAGGUUUUCUGAGCCCUUGUUUUUGCUUCUUCAUUUCAACUCCAUAGUAUUAUAAGCAUGAACGCUCUCCACCACCAUUGUCCCAUACUCCUGCAGCACUGGUAAACCAAGCACCUCUUCACAUCAUAUGUGUUCAGUACUGUUUUCAUAUCCACACUUGUUAAUGGCAGAAGGUAACUGCCAACCAGUCAGAGGACUCAGACUUCCCAGACCCAGGUGGCUACAUGACUUUUUCUCUGAUGUCGGCUAAGGAAGGUGAAGUGGGAAGUGAAGAGGGUGUUGCAAGUGUAGUACAAGAAGUACAUCAGGUGGUCUUCAGAAUAUUUUUCAGAACAGUGGGAUUUAAUCAUCCUAAUAUAAAUAUUUUCCAUUUUUUCACUUUAAUUAUUAUAGUAGCAACUUUGAAUUCACUUAUUGACUGGAAAGAAAUCCUACCCUCAGAGACAAACAUACAUAUUUAUAUAUAUACAUAUACAUAUAUAUAUAUAUAUAUUUGAGUUUUGGAUUAUGACUAGUAUAGCACUUUAAGUUUUCUCCGGUAACAUCAAGUUAUUGUCAUCAAGAUUGAUUGGAAAGUGUUUUCUAUUGAAUUCUUUAUUAUAGAUUUUUUCAUUUAUAUUAAGAGUUUGAACAAUUAAAGCCACUUUGGAAUUUGUUCUUAAGCCACAUGAUCAAGAACAAUCUCUCUGACACAUCUGAGUGCUGAAGAAACAGGACAAUGGUGGAGUUGCUGAGACCGAGACUGAAUGUAUAGCAGAGUGCCUUGUUAGCCGAGGGCCUUGCAGAGAGGAUGAGGAAAGGUCCCCCAUGCUGGCCUGAGGAGCGCCCCUUAGACAUAUGAGUACAAAUGUGGUGCCUAGAAACUGAUCCAUGAAGACCAAGUAUUAGGAUGAGCUAAAGAGGUAUUGUAGCCUGUGGGAUUAAAAGGAAAAAAAAAUUGUGAAUGAGCCCCACCAAUCUGUAAACCAAGGUGAGAUUAGAAACAAGGUAUAGGGCAAUGGUUUUCAAGUUUCACCAUCAGCAGGUGGACUAGAUGAGGUAUUGGCAUCACUGGCCCCCACAUUGCCUGGCCUGUGAAUGUUGAGGGGCUGAAAGCAACAUAUGCACGUUGUAAGAAUCUGACCUUUCAGUGUCAGAUUAAGUCAGUUGUUCUUUCAAGCUCAGAAUGAAGUUUAUGAACAUGGAAAAAUCUAAACCCCUAGGGAUAGUAAUAAUUUGUCUCAGAGUAAACUUCCUAAAAUGGUGUCUUAAAGUUUCCAGCAUUAUAAAAUGUCCAGGCAGGUUCUUCAGAGCCUGCUAAAUUAGAAUAUUUUGGUGCUGCCAAGUAGCCUGGCUCAAGUUUGCUGAUAACCUGCAGCUAGGACUUUUCCCUAGAUUUCUUCAGCAGUGGUCUGAGAAAUACAGGUUCAUCCCAACAUGGGUAAGGAUGACAUGCUCUAGGAGACUGCAUUACAUUCCGAAUAGUUCUAGAUGUUUAAAGCAUGAGCAUACUUGGAGAGGGCCAGGGGGAGCACCUGGGUCACUGGGCCAACUCUGACAUGUUUUUCAUUCCUCUCACUAGUUGAUAAGGAUUGAAAUUCUGGUCCAGUCUAAUGAGUGAGCAGGCUGGCUGCCCAUGAAACCAGGUUAUUAGUUUUACCUCAUUGAAGCUGAGAUUCUCAGAGGCCCAGUGUGCCAUGCUGAGACAAAUCCAAGUGCUGCUCUUGCUGCAGUGUGCACUGAAGUCCAGCUGUGCGUGCUUAAAACAGCACCAAAACCAGUGCCAAAAGGGCAGCCAGAUGAGCUGUAAUGCAAGAUCCUAGACAGAGAUUAUACCAAAGAAGUCAAGCCUUUUGUUCUGAUGCUUCUCCAGUGAUAAGAAUGAGUUACAACAAGAGCCAGAAAGAAUUCACAUACAUUCCAUGUCAAGGGACUCUGCUGAUAAAAUAAUCCACCCCCAAAAAAAGCACCUUUUUAGUAAGCAUGUCCACUUUGUGUGUUUGAGGGGAUGAAAGGUGAAAGGCAGAUUGGAAAGUUCCCCAGAGAUUAAGGAGAAAAAACUACCCUCUUCCCUUGACAUGACUCUGGCUUUGGCCCAAAAUUCAGCCUAGGAUCAUCAGAUCCAUUUGAUACUAAAAGCUCGCAGUUUUGUUUUUUUUAAAGAUAUGGUGGUUUCAAGAGAUUUCUUUAAAGAACUCAUGGACAAUUUCUUAGCCAAUUCUAAUAGUUUUUAUAAAUCUUCUUGCAGAGGUGUUUACCACUCGUUCACACUAUCAGAGGUGCCCAGAAUGAACAAGGUGCUAUACAGCUAUUAAACACUCCUACGCUGUGGCUGACUUUAGGGUAGGUUUCCACAUCAGCCACUGCUGGAAGCUUCCCCUGCCUCAGCGAGAACAGGGGCCUGUACCCCGGACAUCCAUUACAUGAGCCACUCCAGGAAGCCCUUACCCACCUGCUCCCUUUACCUCUUUUCCUGUCCCACUCACCUUUUUUUUUUUUAAUCCAGGUUUCAGGGAAUCAAAAGAGGUUGGAUUUUUUUUUAACCUAGCAGAAGUACAGAGUCAUAUAUAUUUGCUAUGAUUACUGUUGUCUUGUGGAAAAUCCUCUUUGCCCAUGCAGUGUGUGGAAAGUACUGUGUGUGUCUGCACUCUCAGUAACUUGAAUGUUGAGCCAGCCAAGGUAGCAUUUUUGAAAGCUUAAGUCACACCACUUCAGCAAACCCACUCCAAAUUCUAGGCUACCCGUCCCCUUAUCAGUUCAAAAGAGUGUCAUGUACAAACCCACUGGAUGGGCUGUAUGUCACUGCAUGACGUUUUGGCAUAUGAUCAGAGCAGAAACAGGAUGUCCUCCUCAGUGACCUGAAUCAUGGCAGUGCUCAUUCCAGGCUCUCUAAUUCCCAUGGUUCCAGCCAGGCGCUGUAUUUCAAAGUCUUGUUUCUCUUUGCUCUCUCCUGGAGCUUCACCUUUCUACUUCCUUUAGAGCUAUAUAAAUCCACCAAUGAAAGGGCCCCUCUGUCAUCAGAUGGUGCCACUUUUGGUUUGCUGUGGUACUUUGCUGUGUUCUCUGUGGCAUCAUGUUACUGUAAAUAAAUUCAUUUUGAUAUACACUAAAAA